UUUUAUUAUGAAAGUGAAAGGAGGCAGGUCCACUUCCGAUUGUUCCCCCCUAUUGUUUUUUCGUCUAAUCUGAGGUCAAAAGUUUUCAAAAACUUACAACUUCACGUCGGCAAUGAACGUGUCAAGUUUCAGAGAUUGUCAGGCGUGGAGGGCUGAAGGUCUGCCGCUCUCCACCACCAGCAACGAGGCGUGUAAGCUGUUUGAUGCCACGCUCACGCAGUAUGUGAAGUGGACGAACGAUGAAACCCUGGGAGGGAUUGAAGGAUGUAUUUCAGCCAUGAAGAAAGCGGACCCAAACUUUGUGAUGGGUCACGUGAUCAGCACUGGACUGGAGCUGGUGUCAACCACCAGCAGCCCCCGGUUGGACGAGCGCCUGGCCAGCGCCGUGAGGCGAACCGUGGAGCUCGCCAACGCCCAGGACGUCUCUCCCAGAGAGAAGCUCCACGUCAAAGCUGUGGAACUUUUCUCAAGAGGGAAUUUCCCCAAAGCCUGUGAAGUCUGGGAGGACAUUCUUCUGGAUCAUCCCACCGAUUUCUUGGCCCUGAAGUUUGCUCAUGACGGUUACUUCUACAUGGGCGCCCAGGGCCUCCUGAGGGACUCGGUGGCCCGCGUGCUCCCCCACUGGAAGCCCCACAUGCCGUUGUACAGUUAUUUGAAGGGACUUUAUUCUUUUGGCCUCCUAGAGACGCGUUUUUAUGACCAGGCUCUGAAAGAGGCCAUGGAGGGCCUGAGUUUGACUCCGGAGGACGCCUGGUCCGUCCACUCCGUCGCCCACGUUCACGAGAUGAAGGCUGAGGUGGACGAAGGCCUGAAGUUCAUGGAGAGCAGAGAGAAAGACUGGCAGGUGUCCGACAUGCUGGCGAGCCACAACUACUGGCACUGGGCUCUGUACUUCAUGGAGAAGGGCCAGUACGAGAGCGCUCUGCAGAUCUACGACACGCAGGUCUUCAAGCGCUGUAAAGCUUCUGGAGCCAUGCUGGACAUUGUUGACGCCUGCUCCAUGCUCUGGAGGCUGGAGAUGGAAGGUGUGUGCGUGAAGGACCGCUGGCGGGAGCUGCUCCACGUGACGCAGCCUCACACGGACGAUCAUGUGACCGUGUUCAAUGACCUCCACUUCCUGAUGGUGUCGCUGGGAGCCAAGGAGACGGAAACAGCUCGCCGCCUCCUGGAGGGCCUGCAGGAGCUGGCGAAGGAACCAGGCGACAACCAGCAGCAUCAGGUGGCCGGCAGCGUGGGCGUCUCGGUGUGUGAAGCCAUGAUGGAGUACGGCCAGGGGAACUACAGCCGAGCCGUGGAGCUGCUGUACCCGCUGCGCUACAGCGUGGUGGACAUAGGGGGCAGCGAUGCUCAGAGGGACCUGUUCAGUCAGCUGCUCAUUCACGCCGCCAUCAAGUCGGAGAGUACACGCCACCAGAAGCUGGGAAGUCACACUGAAGGAUGUUUCAGUACCUGAUCGGAGUAGAAGAAGCCCAGGAUGGCUAUGGCCAGGUGGAUGAGGAAGACCAGAGUCAGGCUGAAGGAGAACUGCAGACGGAGAAGAUCAGCGUUUGAGCAGAGUCAGAGUUUGUUUGAAAGCCGAACUUUUUGGAUUCUGUGUCGUCUUUGUCAGACUAAAGCAUCAGCUGCGGUCUUAGUAAUCUGCUUGGUUGGACUUUUACC